AUGUCGAACCAGUCUUUCAACCGUCAGUUCCCAGCUAUUGAUACCCUCAAUACUGAAGGGGCCAAGCAGCGGCAUAACGCAACUCUGCAAGGCACCAUUGUCGGCCUCUACACCCUCAUCGGCACGUUCGGCGCUUUACUUUGCACCUUUGGAGGUGACAAGAUAGGGAGGCGAUGGACCACUUGGUUCGCCUGUUUGUUCAACGCGCUGGGCGCCAUCAUAAGUGCAUCGUCCUUUACCCUCGCCCAGUUUGCCAUUGGUCGUGCGGUCCUGGGUUUCGGGUCUGGAGGCAUCAUCGCCACCGUGAGUGUGUGGCAGUCGGAGCUCUCAAAGGCUAGCAGCCGAGGGUCGCACGUGUCGGCGUUUGGCAUCUUCAGCAGCUUGGGCCUAAUCUCGUCCCUCUGGAUCGACUAUGGCUGCUUCUUCAUUAAGUCGUCCGCGUCGUGGAGGAUACCGCUCGCCUUCCCGGUCCUGUUUGCUGCGAUCAGUAUGUCAACCAUCUUCCUCAUACCGGAGUCGCCGCGCUGGCUGACCAAGAUGGGGAAAACCACCGAGGCGCGAGAGAUCCUACACCGGUUGCACAACAGCGACGAGGUCGUGGAAAUGGAGAUGCAAAACAUCAACGCGUCGCUCGACCUGUCUGGCCACACGACUAUCAAGAGUGUCUUCACCAUGGGAAGGCAGCGCACCUUCCAUCGCGUCGUGAUUGGCAUGAUGGUUCAGAUGAUGUUGCAGCUCACAGGUAUCAAUGGCAUCUCAUACUACGUUGACACCCUGUACACCCAGCAGCUCGGGUUCAGCACCCAGAUGUCCUCGCUACUCGGUGCCAGCUCACAGUUCGCCAUGCUACUCGGCGCACUGAUUUGCGCCUUUGCCGUCGACCGCUACGGCCGCCGGACCCUGCUCAUUAUCAGCGCCGGCGGGCAGAGUAUCUGCUUCAUUCUUGCCGCCGCCUUGAUCUCUCAUCCGAACAACAAGCCCGCGUUGGAUGCCGCCGUCUUCGUGCUCUUUCUCUACUAUGUCAUCUACACGGUUGGAUAUUUGGGGAUACCCUUCCUCUACGCGUCCGAAAUUGCGCCCAGCAAGGAGCGCAUGGCGGUGGCUGGCAUUGCCACUGCAACCUCGUGGAUUUUCAACUUCUUAGUCGUCGAGGUCACUCCUGUCGCCUUCACCAGCAUCCACUGGCGCUACUUCAUCGUCUAUGCCGUGCUAAAUGCCUUGUGGGUACCUAUCGUCUACUUCUUCUUCCCCGAGACCAGCAACCGGUCGCUCGAGGAGAUUGACCAAAUAUUUGCCGCCUCAAAAAGCAUCUUCGACCCACCUCGAGUCGCCAAACGCCUACCACGCAUGGACCUAGGCCAAUUUGCCAGUACUGAACUCAAGGAUACUCCGGUGGCCGAGGAACAGGAAUCAGUACUGAAAAGCGAGGGUUAA